CUAACCUCAAGGGAGGUAAGUGUAAUUAACCCUAUAUUAUAUAUAUAUAUUUUUUUUCGGAAGGUAUCAUAUUCAUUCCACGUGUUAGAUUCUACAGCUGUAGGUCACGAUGUAAGAUUUGGUAAGAUAUUCUCUUUUAUUUUAUUUUUUUAUAUCUAAUAAAACUUUGAAAGGAAUAGAAAAUCGAAAAUGAAUGUACAUUGCGGAUUUGAAGAUUGAAUGAUAAAUUACAUUGACAUCCUGGGUUUCUGUGUCGCCUUUCUUUUUCACAUAAGAGAGUGUGGUUGGUCAGAAAUUCUCGCUCCACGACAUCAAGCUUCAACGAUCUAGAGCUUCCAUGUUCUCCGCAGGCGAGGGAGGUCACAUGAGAGCUGUUGAACUGAGUUUCAACAUGUUUCUCGAUACGUUGAGGUCCUCUGUUUAUCAGAGUUUGGGAUUGUCCCCACGCUAGUGUGUUUUUGCUAAGAUUACUUCUCUCUCGUCUCCUGUUCGUCGAUCUUGUCGGUUGUCUAGCCGGAGAAGUACCUGUGAGCGAAGGCUUGUAAAUUUGGAGUUUUUGUGCCUUUGGCAAAAUUGAUACCCACUUUUUGCUAAUCUUUCCUUUUAAUCUGGGUGUUGUUCUUUUCUCCUUUGUUUCGUGUUUAAUUUUAAUGUUUGUUUUAUGUUUUUUGUUGCCGAGGUCGGGUUUGCCUUUUCUAUCUUGGUGUCAGCGGUGUUUACUUGCUCAUCAUCCAUGGCUUUUUGGACACCUCUGGUCGCCGGAGUUUUCAAUUUUGCAAGGCCGAUUUUUAUGCUCCGUUAGAUCUGGAGUUUCAGGGCAGCUAUUCUGUUGCUCCAUGGUCAAGGAGAUUUUUAUGCUUCAUCAGCUCUGGAGUUUCAAGGCCGAUGUUCUGUUGUUUCAUGGAAGUCUAUUCCCAAAUCCAAGUUGUGUUUCAGUCGACCGUUUUUUCCUCUUGAUUGUGGAUGGCCGUUACCGGACUGCAUAGCCAGGUUUGUGCAUAUCCGAUAUGGAUAUUUGUGGAUGUUUUCUAUGCUUGGUUAAGGUUUAUGUUGCAAAGGACAUUUAUGAUGUUGGAGCUUAUGGGAUGGCAGCAUGGCGGCGAUAUACUGUUCCGGUAAUGUGCGUUGUUCCGUCGUCCUUGUUUGCUGCCUCAUGAUGUGUGGUGUUUCUUGUGGGCCACCUAUUAAAUAUUGCAAUUAUGAUCAUUAUGGUGGGGUGGGUAGGACUCGUAUUUAAAGGGUAAAGUGUCAAAAAAAAAAAAUAAAUAAAUAAAUAAAUAAAUAAAUAUCUUCAUAUAUAUAAAUUGUAGGGUUAAUUACAACGACAUCCCCUGAGAUUUGUCAUAUUGACAGUCAUAUACAACUUAACCCCCAAAGACACCCCUUAUAUUUGUAAACUUGAACAAUGACACCCCAUUUUAAAAAAAUGGAGCCAAACACAGCCUUAAGUGAUAUGAAAUGUCUAAUAUAUCCUAAGAUAUAUUAUAAGCCUAAUAUACCCCAAAAUCCCAAAAUUAUUAUAAAACCUAAUUUUUAUUUUUUUUAUUUUAUAAAAUCCUAAAAUUUUGAAAUAAGUGUUUUUUUUUUUUAUUUAUUAUGUUGUAAGGGCAUUUUAGAUAUUUCGGUCUUUAAAUUAAAAGAUUGUCUUUAUUUGCUCAAUUCGAAAAAUAUAGGAGAUUUUUUUUUCUUUUUUUUGUUCAUUACCCUAUUUAUAAAUAUGUCAUUUUAAAUUAAAUGAAGGUAAUAUAUUGUCAAAUCAAAAGAUUGGAAGCCGCCAUACUCUGAAAAUACAUGUAUAAACACACAUAUAUAUUAAAUUUUCCCCAUAUAUAGCCAAUUAGCCAUGCUUAUAUGUAUCAUAUAUAAAAGUUUUAACAUUCUUACAUAUAUAUAGAAUUUUAUGAAUAUGCCAUUUUUACAUUUAACAAAUAACAAAGCAUUAUCAAAUAAAAAAAUUGGAAGCAGUAGAUUUUUUUUUUUACCCUGGCAAAGAAACUGUCGUACGGCAUCUACAUAGGCAAGAGCAAGGAACCACUGAGACAUAAAAAAAAAACACUAGACAUACAACCUCCCAAAACAAAACUAACACCUAGCAAGAUUAACAAAAACCUAAAGCUUUAAAGGGCGUUAGUGAAAAUGGGAGUGCUAGAACCCACGAAAUCCAAGACAAAAAUACAACUCUGGGCAAGAUAUUGAAAGACAGUAGACCCCAAUACCAAGGAUCGAGGAUGACAUCACAAUUUGAAGCGUAAAGAAGAUUAUGUUCAAGCAGGUCCAUAGAUAAAGAUUUUGUCAAGGAAACCCAGAGAUUUUGCAUUUUUGCCUCCUGUCUAAGAAAGAAAAUAAAGUGGUGGGCCACAAACAUAUUAUGAAGCCUAUAGGAAACUGAACCAAACCAUAAAAAACCAGCCCUGUCAACCAAAAAGUUGAAACCAUCCCAUGCCUCUGGCCCACCACAAGCCAGCAGAAAGCUUUCACAAGAAACUUCAAUAACAUCAGCCAUAACAUCAACACCAACCCGGCCUACCAAGAAUGCACCGACCCACUAAGCCGACAAAUCGACUAUCAAACCAGCCGAUGCACCGGCAACCAGUUUGCAACAACCAAGCCAAAGCGAGCAGGGAUGAAACCAUCGCCGAGAGCAACACCAGUGCUAACAGUACAACGGCUCCCAAAUGAUUCCCCAAUCCGGAUCCAAUCCCAUAGGAUACCAUAUAUACCGAGGAUCUGAGGGGGAUUACUUGCAACACCCAACCCAUAUCCGAAAUCCAUGGCGACGGAGGUACAUUCAUUGUUGCCGAUAAGAGGACCCGCCAUGGAGAGGCCACACGUAGAUGAAUAGUGAUACAUAAUGGCCAACAGAGAUUCCAAGAAACACAACACCACAGAGAAAAAGUUAGCACAUAAAACACAACCAAUAAAACUAUAAGAAUACCUGGAUCAAAGGGAAAAAGCGGUAAGAAUGGGGCAACAAUCCAUCCAGCAACCAAAAAAGUUGAUGGGAUCACCAACCACGCACCAGAGCCCCUCCGGCCAAACAACCAACAAGAUCAGCAAAUAAAAGGAAAUAGGUAAGACAACCCACCUAAAUACUGCCAUAGAGACAGCCUAAGCUCUGAUAGACAGAGAACCUCGACGAGGCGAGGAACACACACUCCAAUAGCCCUCAUCACCCUUGAUUGAUACUCAGAUCGAACCCACGAGAAGACCCAAAAGGCGGUGCAGAUAUAGUAUCGUAGAGAGAGAAAAGGAGGAGGAAUAUCAAAACAUGACUCACGAAUUCAUUGGAAGCAGUAAAUGAAGCGCCAAAUGUCCUGGUUUUAAAGUACGAACUACGUAAUGACCCCAUUUGCUUACCCGUCGCAUUAGUCCCAACUCCCAAGGCUAUAGUAAAUUAGAGUUCAACUAUGGUUAAUUCAUAGCUUACAUUUUAGUUCAUACUAACUUUUAUUUCAUUGUAAUCAUGCAUUCAAGAAAAGAUAGCAGUGGGAAUAAAGGAGAUGAUUUAAAACGGGAAGUAGGGUCCGGCCAAGAAAUGACCAGUCUUAGUUCAUCCACUCAGGUGACCUCUCUCUCUGUGGGUGUAUGUGUAUGUGUUUUUCUUUCAAGAAAAUAUGAGCCAAUGUGGUGGACAAUAAGAAGCGGUCUCUUCAAAUUAAGCACACACCUAUUUCAUCCCUCUUUCUUAACCCUAGAAAAGUUGUAUCACUUUUUCCUCUGGUAUGAGCAUGCAAAACCAUAUUUUCUUUUCUUAUGUUGUGUUUGGAUGUAACAACCCAAUCCACCAUAUUGUCGUGAUUUGUUGUUGAAUUUUAGUCUCGUACCAUUUGGAGAUAGUACUAGAUGCACACGAUUCGGAUUGGACCGGUUUCGGAAUAUUUUGAAACCAAAUUGUUCCUAAGGGUUCCAUAAAAUUUAAAACCGAAAUGAACGAUGAAACUAAAGGUUUAGUUCAGUUCAGUUCGGUUUCAGGUUCUAGACUGUACGUGCAAAAUUUCGCUCAACCAGUAAUGAUUGAGAAAAAUUAAACAACUCACUCAAUAAACAAUAAAAACAAACAAGAAUAGUGUGUAGAAAAGCGUGGAAUUGCUUGAUCCCUUUAUUGGAGGUCUAGGCCUCUAUUUAUAUAAAAAAGUUAGAAGGAUUAUGGUAGGACUCGCGUUGUUUGUCUUCUAAUUCUUUCCAUAUAUCAAUUUCUUUGCAAAUAGAAUUCUUUCCUCUUUAUAAUUCUUCCCUUACUAGAUUUUCCUUACAAAGAACUUGCUCCUUUUGGAGACUCAUUUUCCUUGCAGGACCGGCUCCUUCUUUAAAUGGAUUUGGGCCGCAUUUAACUUGGUCCACAUGACGGCUGGCGUCUUGAUUCGGGCUUUAGUAAAGCUGGUAGUUAGAUAAUAGUAGUUUUGGGCUAAUGACCAACUCAACUUGGGCUUCUGACGAGAUGGGCUUUGAACUUUAUUGAAGAUAAAGUUAUAUUUAUGAUAACGUGGACUGCUCUUAUUGGAGGGAGAUUUUUUCCUCCACACAAUUCCCUCUUUAAUUGGAUUGCGGCUCCUAUUAAGAAGGGAAUUGAAGUUGCACGGUUGUCUAUUUUAUAAAAAAACGGUUCAAAGAUUGCCCAUUGCCAUUCUGCCUUAAGAGAUUCCAUAAGGGUUACUUUUGCUCUCACUACGUUUCUUGCUUUCUUCACUCCGUCGUCUUAUCAGGUUAGUUCUUCAUCUUUUUCUCUUUGAUGUUGCAUUAUGAGUACUUCGACUACUCCUGAACGUAUAGAGAUCGUAGAUUCUGUGUCCACUCCCUCGUCUUCCCCUAAUCUCAUUAGGGUUCCCCCACCUAGGGUUUCGAACUUUCCUAAACCUGUAAGUGACUCGGCUAAUCAGCCAGGUGCUUCCCCGAUCCAGGCUGAAACAUCCACCUCUGGGUCGGACAAUAUCCUCACUAAGGAAGAAAGAAAUGCAAUUUUAUCUAUUCGUCGCAUCCCGUUCUCCAUUGAAUCCGUAAUGGAAGAAUUCGAGAUUCCUGAGGGGGUAAAAAUUGCAGAGUACCCCAAAGGCGCUGAUUUUUGCGCCGGCGAAGGCGUCGGAGAAGACGAGUUGCUCCUCUCUGUUGGGCACCUCAACGCUCUUAGGUUCCCCCUUCAUCCUUUCAUCACUUAGUCUUCAACAAAUUGGGGAUUGCACCCUUGCAAGUAAACCCUAACUUAUUUCGAGUAAUCUCCGCACUCCUCAUUCGCCGGUGGCAGGAGAGUCUUGACCUGACUCUGGCUGACUUGCUGAUUACUUAUUCUAUUUCUAAGGAUGGAACCGAACCUGUCGUUUCUUUUUCACAUCCCCCUUGCACCAAAGGAUAUAUACAGACCUCCCUACUUCUGAAAAGAAGUGGAAAGAGAGGAUAAUAAUUGUUAAAGGGAGAUGGGCCAUGCCCCAAUCGAGCAAACUCCCAAUCCCUCGUAAGUUCAGGAAGUUAGGUAUAGAACAUCCCCCCUUUCUUCAUGAAGAGUGCUCUGGCUGUUUCCCAUAUCGAGUCUUAUUCUUUCGAUAUAUUUACGAGUUUCUUGGUGUUUUUUCAGCAACAUUUCCUUCUUCGGCUGCCAAGAAGAGGCUUUCCUUCCUGAAAAGGCAGGUCUGGAGUGACCCUCCUUCGGUCGAGAGCUUACUCAUUUCUGUGAGUCUUAAAGCAGUUGCUUCCAGAGCUGUAUGCGCUGAUCUCAUGGACCUCUCACUUCCAUCAUUUGACAGCUUCCCCAUGACUGAAGAAGAAAAGCAGAGGGCUAAAGCCUUAAAGAAGAAAGCUGCAGAGAAUGCUCCGUUGACUAUAUUGCGUACAAAUGAGCAGGAAAAGGAUAUUAACGAACUCCCUUUGAACAAAAGGGCAAGGCUGAACCCCUUCUUAACCGCGAAAUCCAAGGGUGCUUCCAACCCAAAAAGCAAAGGAAAGAAAUCCGAGGAGAUUAACCCUGACGAUGAGGUCAAUGCUUACGUCCUUGCCGAGGCUGGGGCACCUUGCACUCCUUCCUUCUCGAGGGCUGACAAGUCCAUCCUCCAUGUUGGUGAUUCUAUGAUCACUGACCCAUUUGCAGCACUAGCCGUUGCUCGGGGAAUGUGGCUCCCCAAGGAUGAAGAAAUUAUUGGCAGAAUGAGGUUGGAACAACUACUCCCAUCUUCCCCUGUUCGUGCCAUAGAGGUUUGCUCCUUCCUUCAUUUUCAUUGUCAUAAUUGCCUUACAAACUUUCUUACAUUGUUAUUAUCUCAUGAUGCAGGGCUUGUAUCAUACUAUGGCCCUCUGUGCUACUGCUGAGGCUCAGUCUCUUUCCCUUAAGAAGCUGGAGAAAGACCUCAGUAAUUCUGAGAAGAAGGCAUCCCAUGCCAUUGCUAAUGCAUAAAUUGCAUAUGAGGCUCGGGAUGUUUACAAGAAGCGUUUGGUUGCUUUUGAUGCCAAAGUUGAGGCGAUUGAGGCUGAAGUCCAAUGCUUAAAUGACGCCCUUAGCACCUGCAUCGUUGCCGAGAGGCAAAUGCAAGGUCGUUACUCCAGUCUGGUGUGUUUGUCAAGUGCAAAAGCUUACCGGUCCGACUUCAAUCAAGGCUCAAGCCCCAAAUCGAUGGAUCCUGAUGCCUUUGAUGUGAACAUAGGGGUGUCCUUCCCUUAUACAGAGGGUCCGAAAGCUCAGGAGGCUGAGGUGCUUUUUGCUGAAAUGGUGAAAGCUCACCCGGAAGAUCCUCUGAGCUCAUCAACUCCUGUAACUCAUGGUCCUUCAAUUCCUCCACCUGCAAGUCCAGCUGUAGUAGAUACUUUUGAAUCUGCCCCGUUUGAUCCGAAGAGGAAGUAGGAUCAAACAAACAUAUAUAUAUUUUUUUCUUGUAAUGAAACAAUUUUGAGAAUGAAUGAUAUAUCAUUUUCUUUUAUUUUGCUUCGAUUACGUAUGCUUGUAUGCUUCUGAUAUUGCAUUCUGUUGAGAUUAUUAUUAUUUUUUAUUUUUUAUUUUUUAAGGAAGGUACUCUGCUUGAAGGUUCCUUAUUUGUUUUAGUCCGAAGCAAAAUAAAUAAGAAGUUUUCCAAGCCAGACACUCAGUGUCCGAGGCGAGGUUUUUGCCGAGCCGACACUUAGGGUCCGAGGCGAGACUUUUGCCUAGCCGGACACUUAGGGUCCAAGGCGAGACUUUUGCCGAGCCAAACACUUAGUGUCCGAGGCGAGAGUUUUUUGACAAGCCGGACACUUAAGGUCCGAGGCGAGACUUUUGCCGAGCCGGACACUUAGGGUCCGAGGCGAAUGAAUUACUCCCCUGCGCUGAGCCAGUA